AUGCAUCUAGCGCAAAGUACAGUAUCUAUGUGCCUGACUGAACGACAAGCCCAAAACAASAAGUCCCAAACUAUCAACGUCACGCGUGAGAUGCCCGAGCAGUUGGCAGUAGGUCUUGCUGUUCAUCAUUCAACUAGGAACAAARAAAUGAUUAACUUGCUGCAUGGAUUUGGUUUAUCCGUUGAAUACAAUCGCCUUUUAAGAGUCGAAACAGAAAUAGAAAAGCACGUGAUCAAACAGAUGGAGAAUGAUAGAGGGCUGUAUAUUCCUCCAGACAUCGUAAGAGGGAGACACAUAUAUUUUGCUGUUGACAAUGUAGAUUUCUCAGAAGAUACUCAUGACGGUAAACGCACACUUCAUGGGGCAGCCAUGGCGAUUUAYCAGCAGUCGAAGCCAGAAGAUGAUACACCAUCGUUAUGGUGAGUCAUAAUGUAUGGUAGAACCUCAUUUAAAAUUACUUAUACAUCUAGAACUAUUCUCUKAAUUUGCAGUCUAGACAAAUUCACAAAUUCUACGCGGUCAAUCAAAGAAAUACCUGAGUCUUUAACCGCAUUACUCGAGUGCCCAGCGCCACCUUCAAACCCAAAGUGCCAUGCUCACCCAAACUUCAAUCUCCUUGAAGAAGAGAACCUUCCAAUAAUUGUUAAUAGAGAUGACUUUGCAUGGCUUCUGGCCCGCACCCAUACGCUUCACAGUAGUAGUACAACGCAAGAGACAACCAUCAGUGCCAAUGAACAAUCACACAUUCCUGGAUGGUCUGGAUCUAAUUCCUUGGUCCAUAAGGUUAGACAAAUAAUAUGCAUGCUAAAGUGAACCGCGUUUUAAUUUUAGAGGCCAAACGAUUACAAGCACGAAAUGAUCUUCAGCACUUAAUACUCCGUCCUGGUGAGCUCCACAUCGUAAUGGCACUGCUAAGAACAAUUGCAAGAUACAUCGAGAGCAGUGGCCUUGACCAUUGUUGGAUUGAAGCAGAAUUAUAUGGGCMCAGCACUGUAAGGCAAAUCCUCGAUGGCAAUCACGUAAAGAGAGGUAUAAAAGCUCAUGUAACAACAUUGCAAGCACUCUUUACGCUAUACCUGGAAGCCUUCUUUGAACAUGAACAAGAAGUUUACGAAGAUCUACAUCCUGUAAUCCAUGAUACCAGUAAGAGUCCUCAACUUUACAAAGCAAACAAGACAAAGUUGAUAAGUAAAGUCGAUUCUAUUGGUCUUAUGGAAAAGAUGUCCAAAUUUGACGAUGAAAACAAGAGCAACCCCCUUUUUCAAGUCAYGAUUCAUUAUAUGCGCAUGAUUGCAGAAAUGCUGGCAUUCAUCAAGGCUGUUCGCACAGGGGAAUGGGAAAUGCAUCUUAGGACACUGGAGGUUUUUACGAAAUACUUCUUCRCACACGAUCGUAUACAUUAUGCACGGAUGAUCCCAUUAUAUCUUGCAGAGAUGUCGUCCUUGAAGUCAUCCGACCCUGAGAUAUACAAAGAAUUCGAAGUAGGUAACUGGGUUGUCAACAAAAAUGAAAGUGUCCCAUUUUGUGCUAUUGGAGCAGAUCAUGCUUUAGAACAUAUCAACCGCUCAAUGAAAGUGUCUGGAGGGCUGAUUGGUAUCACUCUAAAUGAAGCUGCAAGAACAAAGUUCUUUUUGAUCGCCCCUGAGCUUGCACGGCUAUCUGAAGAAGCCAAGGAUAUGGCAGGAUUGUCUGCAGAUACAAAAAAGCACCAUCAUGAAUUGUCAACAGCAGUGAUGCAACAAGAAGAAAAGGAUGUCACAAAAAUGACAAUGACKGUAAAGAACUUUACCAAUCCGUUUUCUUAUGGAAGUACUGAUCUCUUCAACAUUGUUACCAAAGUGGUGAUGCCUGAAAAUGUGAAGAAAGAUCUACUUGAGCAGAAGGAAAUUGGCAGAAAGCUGUUURAAACCUUUGUUGAUGAGCGAAUCAAGAAAGCGGAAGUAAACCUUUGGUCUCCUAUCAAGAAGAGAAAGCUAUUAACCUGGAAGAGCUUAAGUAAGAAGACAAAGAUCAAAGCUGGAGACAAAGUAGUAGAGUUGCAAGAGGAUCGAUCUCUCUUUGCAAGAAUGAUGCUGGUAAGCAAAAGCCGCCCGGAAAUUGAUAUCAAGGAAGCUGUGGGGACCUAUGAGUUCUCUGUAGUUCCAAGGUCGUUAUUUAGUGCUGAUGGUACUAUGCUGUAUUGUUCGRCAAAGAGCAGUCUGAUGCACAUUCUUGAGAAGCACAAAGAUGACACCUCCUGCGACGACUAUGACACUUCAGGCGUAGCACACAGAGUUGACGUUGUAGAUGGAAUGGCAGAGCUGCAAUCUCUCGACAAACCUCAGUGGAUAACGAGUUGCUCUGACCUAGCUGAUCACUUUACAACCAGAAUCCUAGCAAAGUACCAUAGSAGUGACGAAGUCCGUGUUAUAUUUGAUCGGUACGAUGUUCCAGCAUCGUUGAAAAGUGCCACAAGAGUUCGAAGACAAGGCACCCAAGAGCCAGUGUACUACCACAUUACAGAUUCUACCCAUAUAGGCAGACUUCAAAUGAAGAAACUUCUUGCACACACCAAGACAAAAAUGGAAUUGACUGCAUACCUCUCACAGAAGAUUUUAGUCAUUGCCAGAGAGCGUAACAAGAAUCUUGUAGUUGCCUGGGGAAGUGUAUGUGAAGGAACGCAAAAGGACAUGAGCGACAUCAACAGUAACCAAGAGGAAGCAGACACCAAAAUAAUUUUACAUGCAGUUGAUGCCACAGAUAAUGGGGCUACUGAGCUAUACAUUCAUUCACCAGACACAGACGUUUUUGUACUAGCAAUAARACGCUAUCCUGUACUCUGCCCAAACACAUCUUUUGUCACUGGGAAAGGGAAUAACCUGCGCACCAUCCAUCUACGUCCAAUCGUUACAGCGCUUGGCCCAGCAAAAAMGUCAGCACUACCUGGAUUCCAUGCCUUUACUGGAGCAGAUGUAACUGGAAGUUUUUCAGGGAAAGCAAAGCAGAGUUGCUGGAAAGCUUUUGAAGAAUCCAAUCCAUCAGUGAUUUCAGCCCUUAGCAACCUUGGAGUGAAUACCGUACUGGACGAGGAUACAUCUAGAGGCAUUGAAGAGUUUGKUUGCCAGAUAUAUGCAUCUGGUACUGAUGUCAAGACUGYCAAAGAACUAAGAUGGAUCCUGUUUAAAAAGAAACAGGCACAGUCAGAGAGGUUACCUCCAACAAAGGCUGCAUUAAAACAAGCUAUUCUCCGAGCCCAUUAUCAGAUGAUAGUUUGGAAUGCCGACAUUAUUCCAAACCCAGAGCUACCAGAUCCUGCURACUAUGGAUGGUCAAKGUCUGGAGAUGAAUGGCUACCAGUUAUGACAACYAACCCUCCAGCACCAAAAGCCAUAAUUCAGUUGGUCAAAUGUGGGUGUUCGAAGGAACGCUGUACAACAAACCGUUGUCAGURUCGCAAGGCUAACCUUUGCUGCACAGACAUCUGUGGUUGUUCUGACUCAGAGAAUUGUGAGAACUACCAAGAAGAUGAAGAUGAGACAGAGUAUCCUGAUGAUGAUGAAGAUAGUCAAAAUGACUGUAGAUGAUCUAGRGAGACCUAGAUGUCGAAAGAAAUAUCAGAAAAGAAAAGAAAAGAAAAACAGACAAAAAAGACAAAACAAAAAGAAAAAACAAAACAAAAUAAGCUACAAAAAAAGAACAAAAAAUGAUACAAAACAUGCCCUGCAUUCUUAUGAAUGAGGAAAAUUCACAAAAGCAGACGGCUAUUGAGAAAAAAAUAUAUAACAAAGCUACCAAGAUUUCAAAACCAAGAAAUAAGACUGAAUUGAUGUGAGGUGAAUUAAACUAUGAAGCUAUGUGAUGAAACACCAUGUUAGUGGACUGUCCAACUUUGUUUGAAGAAUUUCUAUGCAAAUACACUGUAAUGUACAUAUUGAAAAAAAAUAACAUGAAACAGUACCUCUUUUGAAUAAUAUGCUAUCAAGAUCUUCAGUUCAGUAAUUUGGCAUAAYUUGGUAAGUGCAGACACAUUUGGUUAUAUAGAAAUMAGCCAAACAAAAUAACACAUAGGUAGUUAAUAUUUGAGAGAGGCCUAUAAGAUUUAGAGAUAUCCUUUAGAGAUGACUCUUUUAUUUAUGURAAGUCAGGUCAUCCCAUUGUCCUAAAUCAUGUCAAAGUAGACAGAUUGCAAUAAGAUACAAAUUGCAGUUAUGUGUGUAGGUUUGGCGUGAUUUGGCUUAACAGGCAUCGAUAUAAUUUCGUUUUUGGAUGCAGCCUCGUUUUCAUGCAAAUUAGGUCACGUGAUUAUACCGUCGAAACAUGCCAAAUUAAGAAGAACAUACAGGGCAAUACUGCUUGCGAGUUUG